CAUGGCAGAGGGGGGCAAACUGCUGAAUGGUCCUAGCUGGAGGAGUAGGAGGAGGCAGCUGGAGGAGUAGGCAGAACUGUGAGCACUGUGCUCCUGCCGGCUAGCUCAGGCUGUCUUCUGUCAGCUGUGCCUGCUUUCCUCCUAUCUAUAUGAGCUAACAGCCUAUCCACCCAGACCAGCCUGUGCCAGUCCUCAUCAGCUUCUUCCAUCCACAGCCUGCCCGGGAAUUGUCUUAUUGGGUUGUCUUGGAAGCAUAAAUGUGUGGACAUGGCAGGGGCACAGCCAGGGGUUCAUGCUCUGCAGCUCAAACGUGUCUGCGUCUCUGACACCUUGAAAAGAGGAUCCAAGUGCAUUAAAUGGGAUGAUGACUCGAAUCUUGUGUAUCCUGUUGUCCUCAAAAUGGAUCCCAAUGGAUUUUUCCUGCACUGGGUGGAUCAAAACAAGGAGACUGAACUUUUGGAUAUAAGUUUGGUGAAAGACGCCAGAUGGGGAAAGCACGCAAGAACUCCAAAGGACCCCAAGCUGAAGGAGCAAUUGGAAGUUGGGAACUUUGGAGGUCGAUUAGAAUAUCGCAUGUUUACCAUUGUGUACGGACCAGACUUGACGAACAUUUCAUAUCUGAAUUUAGUAGCAUUUCAAGAAGAAAUUGCCAAGGAGUGGACAGAUGAGAUUUUUAGUCUGGCAACAAAUUUGCUGGCACAGAACAUGUCCCGGGAUGCAUUUCUGGAAAAAGCAUACACCAAGCUGAGGCUUCAAGUCAAUCAAGAAGGGAAGAUCCCUGUUAAAAACAUAUACCGCCUAUUCUCUGCCGACAGAAAACGAGUGGAAACUGCAUUAGAGUCGUGUAAUCUUCCAUCUGGCCGAAGUGAUUCCAUCCCUCAAGAUGACUUCACACCAGAGCUGUAUAGAGCCUUCUUAAACAACAUAUGCCCCCGACCUGAGAUAGACAACAUAUUCUCAGAGUUUGGCACGAAAAGUAAACCGUACCUCACUGUUGACCAGAUGACGGAAUUUAUUAACGUCAAGCAGCGCGAUCCAAGGCUAAAUGAAAUUUUGUAUCCGCCAUUGAAGCAGGGACAGGUCCAGAUGUUAAUUGAGAAAUAUGAGACGAACAGCAGCUUGGCAUCAAAAGGUCAUAUUUCAGUUGAAGGAUUUAUGCGAUAUCUGAGCGGAGAAGAAAAUGGAGUUGUUCCUCCUGAGAAACUGGAUUUAAAUGAAGAUAUGUCUCAACCCCUCUCACAUUAUUUUAUUAAUUCCUCACACAACACCUACCUCACAGCUGGGCAGCUGGCUGGUAACUCCUCGGUAGAGAUGUAUAGGCAAGUGCUGUUAGCCGGAUGCCGCUGUGUAGAAUUGGAUUGUUGGAAGGGACGUACAGCAGAGGAAGAGCCGGUGAUCACACAUGGUUUCACCAUGACCACUGAAAUAUCUUUUAAGGAAGUUAUAGAAGCUAUUGCUGAGUGCGCAUUUAAGACCUCCCCGUAUCCAAUCCUCUUGUCCUUUGAAAACCAUGUGGACUCGCCAAAACAACAAGCAAAGAUGGCUGAAUACUGCAAGCAAAUUUUUGGAGAUGGACUGUUGACGGAAACAUUGGAGAAGUAUCCACUUGAACCAGGGGUCCCUCUUCCCAGCCCUAUGGAACUGAAGUAUAAAAUUCUUGUGAAAAAUAAAAAGAAAUCUCACAAAUCAGCCGAUGGAAGCGGAAAGAAGAAACUCGCAGAGCAAGCGUCAAAUGCCUGCAGCGACUCUUCUAGUGUGUUUGAACCUUCAUCACCUGGUGCAGGUGAAGCCGACAUUGAGAGUGAGGAAGAUGAUGAUGACGAAGAUGAUGACUGUAAGAAAUCUUUCAUGGAUGAAGGCACCGCUGGAAAUGAAGCCAGUGCCACAGAGGAAAUGUCUAACCUGGUGAACUACAUUCAGCCGGUGAAGUUUGAGUCUUUCGAGACUUCUAAAAAAAGAAACAAGAGCUACGAAAUGUCAUCCUUUGUGGAAACCAAGGGUCUCGAGCAGCUAACAAAAUCUCCUGUAGAAUUUGUAGAAUAUAACAAAAUGCAGCUUAGUAGAAUUUAUCCAAAAGGAACCCGAGUAGAUUCCUCCAACUACAUGCCUCAGGUCUUUUGGAAUGCCGGUUGUCAAAUGGUCGCUCUUAACUUCCAAACAAUAGAUUUUUCUAUGCAACUUAAUAUGGGGAUGUAUGAAUAUAAUGGUAAAUGUGGAUACAGGUUGAAACCAGAGUUUAUGAGAAGGCCAGAUAAACACUUCGAUCCAUUUACUGAGACAACGGUGGAUGGGAUAGUUGCAAACACGUUGUCUGUAAAGAUCAUUUCAGGGCAGUUCCUGUCUGAUAAAAAGGUUGGCACUUAUGUGGAGGUGGACAUGUUCGGCUUACCAGUUGACACCAGGAGAAAAGCCUUCAAAACAAAGACAUCACAGGGCAAUGCUGUAAAUCCAGUAUGGGAAGAGGAGCCCAUUGUUUUUAAGAAGGUAGUGCUUCCCUCCCUUGCAUGUCUGAGAAUAUCAGCAUAUGAAGAAGGAGGCAAAUUCAUUGGCCACCGGAUAUUACCUGUCUCUGCAAUCCGUCCAGGUUAUCACUAUAUCUGCCUGAGAAAUGAGAAAAAUGUGCCACUCACUUUACCAGCAAUCUUCGUGUACAUAGAUGUGAAGGAUUACGUCCCGGACACAUUUGCAGAUGUGAUUGAAGCUUUGUCCAAUCCAAUUAAAUAUGUCAAUUUGAUGGAACAAAGAUCAAGACAGCUGGCUGCACUCACACUGGAAGAUGAAGAAGAAGUGAAGAAAGAGGCAGAAGCUCGGGAUGCUCCAUCAGAACCUAACAGUGAACCACGGCCCGCACCAGCAGAAAAUGGCUUGAAUCAUGCUUCCACGCUAACACCCAAGACAGCAUCUCAUUCGGUUCACAGUCAGCCACCUCCAGGUUCAGUAAAAGUUCCAGUUAAAGCUGCCCCUGCUGAGGACCUUGUAUUGAGUGUUUUAACAGAAGUGGAAGCUCAGACUAUUGAUGAACUGAAACAGCAGAAGACCUUUGUCAAAUUACAAAAGAAACAUUACAAGGAAAUGAAGGAUCUUGUAAAAAAACAUCACAAGAAAACAACUGAUCUGAUCAAGGAGCACACCACUAAAUACAAUGAAAUCCAGAAUGAUUAUUUAAGGCGGCGGGCAAUCCUGGAGAAGACAGCGAGAAGAGACAGCAAAAAGAAGUGUGAAUCUGUGAGUCCAGAUCAUAGUUCUUCUACUGUAGAACAAGAUUUAGCUGCACUAGAUGCAGAAAUGGCCCAGAAAUUAGUAGAGCUAAAAGAUCAACAGCAACAGCAGCUUCUCAAUCUCCGGCAAGAACAGUAUUACAGCGAGAAAUAUCAAAAAAGAGAACAUAUCAAACAGUUAAUCCAAAAGCUGACGGAUGUGGCGGAGGAGUGCCAAAACAACCAGCUGAAAAAGCUCAAGGAAACAUGUGAAAAGGAAAAGAAGGAGUUAAAAAAGAAGAUGGACAAAAAACGGCAAGAGAAAGUCACAGAAACCAAGUCAAAAGAUAAGAAUCAAAUGGAGGAGGAGAAGACAGAAAUGAUCAGAACCUAUAUCCAGGAAGUGGUGCAGUGCCUUAAAAGGUUAGAAGAUGCUCAAAGCAAAAGACAGGAAAAACUUGUGGAGAAACACAAAGAGAUUCGACAGCAAAUUUUGGAUGAAAAGCCCAAGGUUGAACUUGAUCAGGAAUACCAGGACAAAUUCAAGAGACUUCCAAUGGAAAUUCAGGAGUUUGUCCAAGAGGCCAUGAAGGGAAAAUUCAGCGAAGAUGGAGAACAUAGCUCUACUCUCUUAACCCCAGAUAGCGGCAAGUCUCCAGUGGGGAACUCGGGAAAUCACAAAAGUCCGGAUCAUGAAGAAGAAGGUGAAGAAGAGGCUCCCGUAAAGGCAUCGGAUACAUCGCUUUAACUGGGACUCAGAGGUUGCAGUAUGUUUUUGUGCUGCCAGAUGGGGGGGGGGGCUUACACAUUGCCGGUUAUUUAUCUUUGGCAAUCUGAUACGGCCUCUGGAUAGUGUUACACAGCGGAAGCUUACAGUGCUCUUUUGAAGGCACACUUCCAAGAGAAGCAGUUUUCUAUUGCACUCAGCUGUCCAUUUUUUAGGUAUUUAUUAAUAUUCUGAGUCUUGGUGCAUUUAUUGUGACAAAGUAACCAUAUAAUGCUUCUUUGUUGGUGUAUCUGAAUAGGCAAAAAAGUAACUUCCAGGCCAUAUACACUGUAAAGACUGGAGGUAGAAGACCCUCAUUCUUUGUAUAGUCCUUACAUUAAAAGGAUAUAGCUCAGCACGUGUAAGGCUAAAUCUUAAGGACGCCUUGAAAACUUUUCUACCUUGUGUUCCCCAUAUCAACCAAUCUGCUCGUAUCUUCUACUUACCAGUAUGUUCGGAUGGGGGAACACUUAUCUGAUCGCUUUCUAUAUGGACAAUGCUAACUUUGGUCACAUUAACCACUGGAUCGGUUUGCAGUGAUGAUAUCCCUUGUUGUUAAGUUCUUUACCUAAACUGCUCAAUAUUUGCUUUAUGUUGCACUGAGAGAUUAAACCUUUUCCUUUGCAAGCACUGGUUGCUUGCUCUUUUGAUAUUUUAUGUAUCUGUAAUAUAAGUGAAUGAUGUUUUCUUUUUCUUUUUUUUUGGGGGGGCAAUAUGGUCCCUAGUCAGAGACCAUCAGAGCAAAUAUUUAUUGACGUACACUAUACCCACAGCAUAUCACAUGAAUACAGAGGUGUUGCCUAUGUGGAGUUUUUUUUUACGGGAUACAGAUCCCCCAAGGGAAGGAAGAAAGUGAAGUGUGCAUGUCAGAACAAAGAAAACUAACUCCUGGUUAGAUUCUGCAAAUAAGUAACAAACAGGUGUAAGAAGUGUUGUUUUUCUGUGGUAUCUAUUAGUGUUGUAAUGUAUGUUGAAUCAGUCUUUGGAUAUAAAUAAAAAAAAUAUAUAUAUAUAUAGAUAUAUAUAUAUAUAAAAAAAAUAUAUAUAUUUUGCAGGAUCAAAAAUAUUGAUUUUAAACUAUUAUAGUUUAUGUAAACUUUUCUGAAAACUGUACACAGUGCAAAUAGGAAAACCCUGGAGAAAUGUAUGUUCAAAAUAUUGUGCUGUAUUUGGAAAAUAAAGUUACUAGUCGUUGUGACUGCACUGUCCCUUCAAUUGACAGACUUUUUUUCUGGGUAAAAUACAUUUAUUCACUAUAAAAUACAGUGGUCCCUCAAGUUACAAUAUUAAUCGGUUCCAGGACGACCAUUGUAUGUUGAAACCAUUGUAUGUUGAGACCAUAAUUGGUAAUUGGUUCUGAAGCUACCAAAAUGUCAUCCAAAAAUAGGAAAAAGUGAGGAUUAAAGAUAAAUAAGUAGAUAACUAAUAUAGAUAAAGCAAAUCCUUACAUAUAAAAGUAAGAAAGAUCUGCUGGGAGCUGUAAAUCACUGUCUGUGUCAGUGUUUCCCAAGCAGGGAGCCUCCAGCUGUUGCAAAACUACACCUCCCAGCAUGCCCGGACAGCCAAAGGCUGUCCGGGCAUGCUGGGAAUUGUAGUUUUGCAACAGCUGGGGGCACCCUGCUUGGGAAACACUGGUCUAUGUAGAGGACAGGAUCUUCUUCAGGGUCCUGUACACUACACAGUGUCCUAAAAAAGUAACAUGGAGCCGUCCUCACCUGGUGUCCAAAGGAGCAGCUAACCCUGGUACAGGUAAAGUGUACAGAACAUGUAAUACCUCCCUGUACUGUAGGGGGUGCUACCAAAUAGUCAGUGCAUACGCUUCAGUAAUACAGGUGUUUUACCAGUGAAAUGUCCAUUCUGAUUGGUCGGUUCUUCCAGCUAUUGAUAUGUUUUGCAGAUCUGAACUGUCUGUACAUUGUAUGUUGAGUCUGGUUUCAACUUACAAUGGUCCAGAAAAGACCAUUGUAUGUUGAAACUAUUGUAUGUUGAGGCCAUUGUAAGUUGAGGGAUCACUGUAAUGAUUCUUGAGGGAUAUUUCUUGGACUUCUUUAUUGUGCUGUUCUUUUACUUUUCCUCCUCUGUGUUAUAUUCCUUCUUAAUAUUGUGUUUUUCUGCAUACCUGUCACUGUAAAAAAAAUAAAAAUAAUUGACAUGUCCUAGAGACAUGCUAAAAGUUUUGAUCUGUUGGGGAAUGAAUGUUCAGACCCCAACCAAUUGUAAGAAUGAGCUGAGAAAAAAGUGCAGUUGGCCAAGACAAUCCCAUAGACUUACAUUGUUUGUCUCACUUAUUGUGCACUUCUCCAGGCUGUUUCUAGCUAUUGGUCAAGGUCUGAACAUGUCCAAAGUUUUUUUUUGUUUGUUUGUUUUAAAGUGACAGUGCCCAUUUAAAUACCAAUUAGUGUUGACUAUGUCAGACUAGGACAGUGGUCUUCAAACUGUGGGCCGUUGGCUGCCCAGGCAUGCUGGGAGUUGUACAGGGUGGGCCAUUUAUAUGGAUACACCUUAAUAAAAUGGGAAUGGUUGGU